UUCGAAAGGUCAUUUGAGGUGAACAUCUGAACAACAGCAGAAAUCGCAUGGUAUUCUACUGUAAUUUGACAAGUGCUUUGUCCAAACACCAUUUCUGCACUUCAUGGCACUCAUUGCAGUUGCACGCCUCACCUACCAUCCCGGAAUAGCUUCCUGAGUGAGCUGCUAAAGGGAUUACUCAACCAAGUACCAAGUAUUAAAAUGAUGGAGGGCUCAAGAGAUGGAUGUGGCCAUGUGUCUAAUGACAAUGUUUCAAUGUCAUUCAGCCAUAAUAUUGAAGAAUUGAUUGGAGGGGAAGGAGACCCAACAGGAGAGACAUCUAAUGAACAGAGGGAUGAUUCCGGUAUGGACUGUGAACCACUGGAUGGAGAGGGAUGGGCUGAUGACAUCACAAUGCCUUCUGGUGAGGAGAUCCCAUCACCUGAUCUAUCACAUGCUCUGUCACAUGACCCCGAAAGUGAGAGGCUUCCCCUUUUGUCACAAAACCGGUAUGCUGAAGUUGGAAAUGGACAUAGUCAUGUUGAUGCCACAGACACUGUACCCGUCGAAAGUCACCAACACGGCACUCACACUUAUGAGGGAGGAAGUCAUGCCGAAGAGCUACACGUAUCACCUGAUAUGUCACAUGACCAGUCAUAUGUUAGAGGUACUGGUGAAGGAAGGGAAUCACUUACGUCCAAUGUUCAGCCUGGACUCUUGAAACAAAACACUAAUGAGGCUAGUGACACUGCUCAUGCAGAUAAAUCAGAAGUAAGUGGACUUCAUUUGCAAGAUGGAGGAAUACAUGCUACUGACACAGGGGAGGCCACAUCAUCUAUGGGAAGUGACUACGUUGGAAAGAAAUGUUUGCUUGUUGAGAAUCUUGUAGAUGGAGAGGGUCGGCAAGAUGAGAACAAUAAAAAUACUGUUCUUGUGGUAGAACAGGAAGAGACUACGAAACAAGGUGAUGAAAAUGUGCCCCCUACGGACACAGUCCUACGAUACACCCCCUGCAAAAAGAAACUUAAGAAGAAGAAAAAGAAAUUGAACAAAUCUCUGUCACAUUACAAAAAGUACCACACUGGAGAGAAGGUCUUUGGUUGUGAUGUCUGCGGGAAGAUGUUCAGCAACCGAAGCAACCUGACCGUGCAUAAGCGCAUCCACACAGGAUACCAGCCAUUCUCCUGCGCUGUUUGUGAGAAAGCUUUCAGGAAAAAUAGCGACCUUACCCGACACAUGCGCAUACAUACUGGAGAGAAGCCGUAUUCAUGUGACCUUUGUGACAAGAAGUUUCGGUCUCGCAAUGCUCUAAAUUAUCACAGUCGGAGCCAUACAGGAGAGUUGCCAUAUCCUUGUGGCAUUUGCAAGAGGCGGUUCAGAGAAAAGAGUAGGUUGACUCGUCAUUUGAGAAUUCACAGGCAGAAAAGAACUAAGGUUCCCAGUCAGGUGGCACAGUUUGUUGACCAAGGAGAAGAACAAGUGUUAUGCUGUGAUAUUUGUGAUGUAACUUUCGUUGACCAGAAAAGUCUUUUGAGUCACUUUGCUACCCAUGACGGCCAUCAGGUUUUUCGUUGCGAGAAGUGCAACAAGUCCUUUACCACAGAGGUGUCAUAUUCUCUGCAUGUUAUGUCUCAUGCAUCAGAACACUUGUAUCGCUGUGAGGUAUGUGAUGAACUUUUCAGAGACGAGUCCAACCUCAUCAUUCAUGCCACAACUCACGCAGAGGAUAACGUAGAGAUGCAUCCUUGUGAUGAGUGUGGUGACAAUUUCAGAGACAUCAGAACCUUGAACAGGCACAAAGAUUCCCAGCACAAUGUAGAGCAGUUCCACCAAUGUGGUAUAUGUGAGAAGACUUUUACACAGCAAAGUCAGCUGAUUUUCCACCUGAAGACUCAUCGAAGUGGACGCAACAGGUGCAUGGUCUGUGAUAGAGUGUUCACAAGGAGUGCUAGUCUGGUUCGUCAUAUGAAGAUGCAUGGUGCUACAGGCGACUUGAUGUCUGACAAGAAACACAGGGUAGAUGAUAAUAAGGGUCACAUUGACAGUGAAACAUACCACUGUGAUAUUUGUGAUAAAUCAUUCAGCAGUGAGGCACUUCUCGCAAGCCAUAUCGACAACCACAAGAGGCAGGAGCCUGUACAUCGUUGCGGGAUGUGUGAGCAGACGUUUUCCAGCAGCGCGAUUCUCAGACAGCACAUGGAAACCUUUCACGCUGUGGACAAGUCACAUAAAUGCGGGGUUUGUGAUAAGACUUUUGCACAAGAAAGCCAGUUGACCUUCCACCUCCGGUCUCACAUGCCUGGCCAGCGUUUCCAGUGCCAUUUCUGUGAGAGGUCCUUCGCCACGACCAGUAGCCUUACUCGUCACCUCAAGAAACAUCCCCAAGCAAAAAGAUUCCUGCUGAGGAACAGUAAAGAACAGAAAGGGAGAACCAAAACAACUCGUUCAGUAAAUCAUGUGUAUCGUUGCAAUGUGUGCCAUAAGUCCUACUUGGAGGAAAACAUUUUCCUCAAGCAUGUAAGAACUCACAAAAUUGAAACACCAGAGAAGCAUCAACCUGAUGAGAAUGUAGGUUCAAUAACUCAAAGCAAGCCAAUGAAGGAUCACCUGUACCAGUGUGGUAUGUGUGAUAAGACAUUGUCCAACGAGAAUCAGCUGAAGCUCCAUCUGAGGUCCCACCUAAGAGAAAGGUUUCAGUGUGCCCUCUGCGAUCGGUCCUUCACCACCAACAGUAGCUUGACAAGGCACAUGAAAGUCCAUCCUGAUGUUCCACGAGAGGACCCCUCUAGGAAAGCGAAUCAUGUAGAUGCAGCGUCGAAAUUCAAAAAGAAGGGGCAAAGGUAUAAAUGUGAUGUUUGCAACGAUGCUUUUGUGACUGAAGCACUUUUGGUGAAGCAUGUGGAGACACAUCAAGAUGGAGAUCUUUCCCAAGGCAUUGUAGAAGGCGCAUCCAAAGAGAUUAGCAGGCAUGAUCCCAUCGAUACAGAAGACAAGUUUCAUCAGUGUGGGAUUUGCGACAAGACAUUUACCAAAGAGAGCCACUUGACUGUUCACCUUAGAUCUCAUGGUCAAGGACAUCGGUUCCAGUGCUCUCUCUGUGAUAAAUCCUUCUCCCGCAACACAAGUCUAAGACGCCAUAUGAAAAAGCAUGUUGCUGCUCUUGCCAAAAGACGGAACAAAAGAUCUCAUCAUAGAAAGGCUUUUGUUGGACAAUCUCUUGAAAGCAUCCACCAGUGCAAAAAAUGUGACAAAAUCUUCAGUGAUCGAAAGGCGCUGAAGAUUCACCUCCAAAGCCACUCAGAGAUUCUGCCUUACAAAUGUGGAAUCUGCGAGAAGACUUUCUACCAGAGUACCCAAAUAGCCCAGCACAUGCUUACCCACUCACGGUACCAACCCUUCAAAUGCGAGUUCUGCGAUAAGUCCUUCUGCCAGCGAGGGGGUCUCAAUCGCCACCGCCGUUGUCACACUGGAGAGAAGCCUUACAAGUGCGAGAAAUGUGACGAGAGCUUCCGUGAGCGACGACAGCUGAUCUGCCACACAGCAAGCCACAAGGGCCAGAAGGCCUACUGUUGUGAGGUUUGUGGCAGUUCUUUUAACCAUGGAAGCUCUCUAUCGCGUCACAUGGUGUCUCAUUCAGGAGACAGGAAGCAUCAAUGUGAGGUCUGCGAUAGGAAGUUCUACCGCAGUGGUCAUCUGGCAAGACAUCUGCUUACUCACACUGGUUCCCAAUAGAGGAUAACUAUACCAAUGAAUGUAUUCAUGAAGAACUACUUUUUUGAGGGUGCUAUCGAGAAAUUAAAUUAAUAGAUUAAAUUUACAUGUCCACGUAUUAAGCUACAUCUCUAUCUACGUUAGUGCCCUUGCAAUAAUGUGCCAGAUCAAAAGACUGGCAGAUGGAAAAUAGAACAUUGCAUGUAGAAUCAGUCAUGCAUGUAACACACUGUAAUUAGCCAAUUGGUGAUUACACAGUUUUACUAUCAAGAGAAUGUUCACAACACACUGCAACGGAUCACCUCUAAAGCUAUUUGUUGACAUUGCUCGUAAUCACUCAUGCAACAGUAUUAGUUAGAAUGUGUGACAAUACUUUUAUAACAAGGUGAUUUUGCUGGUCCCAGCUAUCUCUUUUUUUAAAACCCUGACGUAAUAGUAUUCCUGUUGUAAAAAGGUAACUUCCAUGGUCCCAAGGAACUUGUUAUUUAACGAGAUAAUGCUAAACACAUUUCUUUUGCUGCAAAACCCUUUGCCAGCUCAAACCUUGCCUGCUGGUCAACAUAAACAAGCCAAGUUCAUGUGUACUAGGCUACUGUAGCGUUGCCAAAAAUCUUGUAAACAUUAUCUUGAUAGUAAAACUGUGUAAUCACUAACUGGCUAAUCAAUGAAAUUUAUCCUUGUAUUCCAUCCAAACUUGGAUUGGUUUCACCCACAUUCUUUAUUUUUUAAUGAUAAAUAUUCAGUUAACAACUAAAUCAUUCAUUUCCCUUAU